UCGCACACCCCUGCACGCCCACAUACGGCACAUUUGCAUGACAUUAGCCAGCUUAGCGAGCGGUAUCAGCGAAAAUAGCUGAAGCCACAGCCAGCAGUUUGUUCUUUUUCCUAGUCAGUUGACGUUUGGUCGAACCGUGUGGUCGCUCCGGUCCAACAGUUCCAACACUAGGCAGUAAGUUUAGUUAGUCAAUCAGUCAGUCAGUCCUUUUGGUAAACUCAUCAAGUGCGAUUGCUGUGCUUGUGCUGUGUGCGGUUGAGUGGCAGUGCAAAAUCCGCUUUCCUACAUACAUACAAAAUAUACAUAAUACAUACAUACUGCUUUAGCGAGAGCGCACACAGUUUAGUUAAGAUUUACACGCCGCUGCUGACACAUUUUAAUUGAACGUGGAAAAUGUCGAUUUAUCGUAUUUCAACGCGUAAGCUGCCCGAGGCGCAGAAAUUGAAUGGCCUUUUGGUGCGUUUCAUCUCCGCCGACUCGAGCUUGCGUGAUGUGCUCGCUGCCAAAAUUCCAGCCGAACAGGAGCGUGUAAAGAAUUUCAGGAAGCAAUAUGGUGCCACCAAAAUGGGUGAAACCACCAUCGAUAUGAUGUAUGGUGGUAUGCGUGGCAUUAAGGGUCUCGUUUGCGAAACCUCCGUGUUGGACGCCGAUGAGGGUAUCCGUUUCCGUGGUCUUUCCAUUCCCGAAUGCCAAAAGGUCUUGCCCAAGGCCGAAGGCGGUGAAGAGCCACUGCCCGAAGGUCUCUUCUGGCUCUUGCUUACUGGCGAUGUGCCAACCAAGGGACAAGUCAAGCAAUUGUCGAAGGAAUGGGCCGAACGCGCUGCACUGCCACAACAUGUAGUCACCAUGUUGAAUAACAUGCCCACCACUUUGCAUCCAAUGUCGCAAUUCGCAUGCGCCGUCACCGCACUGAAUCACGACAGCAAAUUCGCUAAGGCCUACUCAGAGGGUGUACACAAGACCAAGUACUGGGAAUACGUGUACGAGGACAGCAUGGACUUGAUCGCCAAAUUGCCCGUCGUUGCUGCAACCAUCUACUGCAAUACCUAUCGUGGCGGCAAAGGCUCCAAAUCGAUCGAUUCCAGUCAGGAUUGGUCCGCCAACUUCGUCAAGAUGUUGGGCUAUGACAAUCCCAAAUUCACCGAAUUGAUGCGUCUCUACCUGACCAUCCACAGUGAUCACGAGGGUGGCAAUGUUUCCGCACACACUGUGCACUUGGUUGGCUCCGCUUUGAGCGAUCCCUACCUAUCGUUCGCCGCCGGCAUGAACGGCUUGGCUGGUCCAUUGCACGGUUUGGCCAAUCAGGAAGUGUUGGUGUGGCUGCGCAAAUUGCAAAAGGAAUUGGGUGCCAACCCAUCCGAGGAGGCAUUGAAGGAGUACGUCUGGAAGACCUUGAAGUCGGGACAGGUUGUGCCUGGUUAUGGUCAUGCUGUGCUCCGUAAGACCGAUCCACGCUACACCUGCCAACGUGAGUUCGCGCUCAAACACCUGCCCAACGAUGAUCUCUUCCAACUGGUGUCGAAGAUCUACAAGAUCGUGCCACCAAUCCUAACCGAAACCGGCAAGGUCAAGAACCCAUGGCCCAAUGUAGAUGCUCACUCCGGUGUAUUGCUGCAAUACUACGGCAUGAAGGAAAUGAACUACUACACCGUAUUGUUCGGUGUUUCGCGUGCGCUCGGUGUCUUGGCUUCAUUGAUCUGGGAUCGUGCCUUGGGUCUGCCCAUCGAGAGACCAAAAUCCUUGUCGACCGAUAUGUUGAUGAAAAUGGUGCAAAAGUAAACGAAAAUGCAAAUGAAACGUGUUCAAUAACGGCGGCGCCGAUUUGAUGUAGGGUAGGAGACAAGAGGCGGAGUUGCAGUAAUAAUAACCAAAAAACUAUACCUAAAUUGCGAAAUAGUUUUAUUUGAAAACAAAAAAAAAACUAAAAAUAAUAAAAAUAAAUUAGCCAACAGCGAAAUUAGUAAAUGAUGAAGCAAAUGCGUUUAGUUGAAUACAAACAAAAAUUCAUUGUUAUGCACCGAUAACAACGACGGCAACAAUUUUACCCACAAAGGAGAAGACAGUAAAGAAAACAAAAACAACAAAAACACUACACCGCAAACAACUUGAAACGCUUCUAAUUUUAACUUAAUUAUUAUUACAUUUAAGCGUAUUGCGCGCGCAAGCGCCACAAACACUAAAUGAAAACUUAACGAGCAGAAACAGCUAGCGACAACAUCAGCUAAGACGAUCCCCAUUUGAAAACUUAUUUUAACUUAAGUAGAAAAGUUUAAUAUUGUAAGCCAAAUGUGGAUUUAUUUUAACAACAAAAACUUAAAAAAAAAAAAAAAACAACAACAAAAA